GAUAAACCGCAUAACCGCGGUAAUUACCGGCAGUACCACUUUAGUCGCCCACAGUUGGUUGUGACUAAUUGUCAAAAAAUAGAAUCUAAAUUGAGUUUUAAUUUGCAUUCAGACGAUCGUUUUGCAUUGUUUUGUGAAAUUUUUAAGUGUUACAAAUGUCGGAGUUAAUAUCCUUGCCGUUAAAAAAACCAAGCGACGUAGAUAUCGUCACUCCUUUGAAAAAUCUAAUCCAGUCCCGGUACAGCACCGCAGAUAAACCCGAAGACUGCACGGAAGCCGUUAACGAAUUCUCCAAGCUAAGAAAUAACGCUAUCUGGAAAGCGUUUGAGAAAUAUGAGAGUUCCCUGGAAAUUAUCUACAAUUACUAUGAUCAGCUUGUAGCUCUAGAAUCGAAAAUCCCAGUCCAAGAGCUGCAGGUGCCAUUCAAAUGGAAAGACGCCUUUGACAAGGGUAAUAUUUUCGGGUCUCGUAUGAGUUUGACCAUACCGUCCCUAAGCUAUGAAAAAGUAUGUGUACUCUUUAACAUAGCGGCGCUGCAAAGCGCAGUGGCAGCAUCCCAAAGUGUGGAAAGUGAUGAUGGUUUGAAACUGGCAGCAAAACUACUGCAGCAAGCCGCCGGAAUUUUUGCCCACCUAAAAUCAACGGUCAUGCUCUCAAUUCAGCAAGAUCCCACGCCUGAUUUAAACCCGGACACCUUGGGUGCUUUAUCUCAGCUCAUGUUGGCUCAAGCCCAGGAAAUAUUCGUGCACAAAGUGAUACACGAUAACAUGAAAGAUUCCAUAGUUGCGGAAUUAGCGGCACAAGCCGAAGAUUUAUAUGCGGAAUGUCUGAAAACUUUCCAAAGGGACAACCUGAGGAACAUUUGGGAGAAAGAAUGGAUUGGUAUCAUCGCGGGCAAGCAGGCCGUGUUUAACGGGAUAGCGGAGCUGUACCAGAGUUUAGUGUGCAGGGACAAGAAAUCGGUCGGGGAGGAGAUCGCGCGGCUCCGCAAAUCGGUCGACCUGUUCAGGGCCGCCCAGUCCAGGUCGGGCCGCGCUUUAUUCCAAGAGCUGGCGGACAAGGCCGACAGGAAUCUAACGGAAGCGCAGAAAGACAACGAUUUCAUCUACCACGAACGCAUACCCGACCAGAAAUCGCUUGAGCCCGUGAGCAAACGGGCCCUGGCCAAAGUGACUCAGAUCCAACACCCGAUGUCUCAGACGUUCAGGGAUCUGUUCACGGAACUCGUCCCCGUCGCGGUACAUCAGGCACUCGCAUCGUACGACCUGCGCAAGACCGAAAUCGUCAACACGGAAAUAACGAAAUUGCGGGAGGCCUCGCAAACGCUAAACUCGGUGCUGGCCGGUCUGAACUUGCCGGCGGCCAUCGAAGUGACGGACGCGAGUACCGGCCUUCCUCCUUCGAUCCUGGAGAAGGCGCACGCGGUGAGCAGCCUCGGAGGCAUAACGGAACUCUCGCGCAUGGUCGAAGAGCUUCCCGAUCUGCUGAAACGUAACCAGGACAUUUUGGACGAAACCGACCGCAUGCUUAACGAGGAAAAGGCGGCGGACGACGCGCUCCGGCAACAAUUCAAGGAGAAAUGGACGAGGACGCCGUCGGACAAGCUGACGGAAAUGUUUCGAUCGAACGCCGCCAAGUACCGGCAGAUCAUAAACAACGCGAUCGAGGCGGACAAAUCGAUCAGGAACAAGUUUGAUUCGCACCGCGCCAUGAUCGAACUGCUCAGCAAGCAGCCGGAAGAGAUAGAGGCGUCGAUACCUAGCGGCGGUAACGCCAACGUGCAAAGCUGCAGCGCGGUGGCGACGCUGCGGAGUUUAAUGGAAGAAGUGGAAACCGUGAAAGCGGAAAGGGAAGCGAUCGAGUCGGAACUCAAGAGCGCCACCACAGACAUGAAGAGUCAAUUCAUGCAGGCGCUGGCCAAGGACGGGGCCGUAAACGAGCCGGCCCUGUCGUUCCAAACCCUGGGUCAAAUCUACGGACCGUUGCAGAAGCAAGUGGCGGAGAGUAUGGGGAAACAAACGGGACUGGUGGAGAGGAUUAAAAACGCCCACGCGGAAUUCGUUAGGGAGAGGGGUUCGACGACCGGGGGCAGGGAAGCGAUGAUGUGUCAGUUGGCAGCCGCGCACGACGUGUUCAGAGACUUGCAGAAUAACCUGAAGGAAGGCACCAAGUUCUACAACGAUCUGACGCAGCUGUUGGUGACGUUCCAGAACAAGGUGUCGGACUUUACGUUCGCCCGGAAAACAGAGAAGGAAGAACUGCUCAAAGAUCUGACGCAGGAGAGCAGCAGAGCGGCGCCGGCACCGCCCCCGUCGACUCCUAGUUACCACGUGAAAAGCGACGACGCCCCGUCGGGUCCCGCCCCUGGUGCGCCGAACCUGCCAUAUCCAGUGUAUGUUCAGGGGAUGCCUGUGCCGUACGGGGCGACGAGCAACACGCCCUAUCCGUCGUAUGUACCGCCCCCGAUGCCGCAAGGUUACAACCCGUACGGCACUUUGCCAUAUCCCGGGAGUUACAAUUAUCCGGGCGGAUUUCCUCAGGGACAACCGGGACAGUGUCCGCCGGGCACUUAUCCGCCGGGUACUUACCCCCCGGGUACUUAUCCCGGCUAUCAGCAUACCUGGUAGAGCUGUAGCUGUAAUUAUAUAUUAAUUUGUCUUUUUAUAUUACAAUUAUUAUAUUUAAACCAUGGCCUUACCUUUAUUUUGGGGCAGUAUAGUGAUAAAAUGUUAUAUCAAUAUGUAUUAUUUGUACUAAAAGUAAUUGUUGAGCAAUAAAACUUUAAUACGCGA